AUGGCUUGUUCUUACAAUGCAUUUGCAGGUUUUGAGACUCAUGUUAUAGGACUAAAAGAAACAUGGAAAACUUUAAAAUAAGGUGAUGAUUGGUACUUUUACUAUGCUUAAGCAUAAAUUUGGGCUUUUUCGACCAUGUGCAACACAACUUCAUAAACAAUUUCAACAACAUAAGAGUAUUUAUUUACUAGUUUAUGGAUGCUUAUUUCUAGUAUUGCAUUUGCUUAUUUGAUCAAUAAGAUUGGUAGUAUAUUAUCAGAUUUAAACUAAUAAGAAGAAAGUUACAGAGAUGAUAUUAAUGUUUUAAAUUAAUUCAUGAAGAGGAAAUAAAUAAAUUUAGGUUUAUAAAGAAUGCUUAAUUUAGAGCUCAAACAAUAUUAUAAAUAAGAAGAGUUGAAGAAAAAAAUAGAUGUAUAAGGUACUCUUUCAAAGUUGAGCAAACCCAUGUACAAAGAACUAAUGCAAGAGUCUUAUAAAAAGGUUUUGAAUUAGCUUCCUUACUUCCAAAACUAUGUUUCUGAAAAUAACUUGAGCAAAGUAUAUGAAAUAAUGGAAGAGAUAGGCUAUAGUUAACAUCAAGUAAUAGAAAGUAAUGAUUUUGAAGAUGACGUUUCUAUUUACUUUGUACUAAAAGGCCAGUUUAUAUUAAAGCAAUGUCUAAACUACGAUGAAAAUUAAUGCAACAAAACAGAAGAAGAAUAACAGAUUUAAGAAAAACCCUUAAAGAAUAAAAUCCCUUCUAAAAAUGUUUACAAAGAUAUAAAGUAUAUCAAAAAAGGUUAAUUUUUUGGAAUGUUUGAGUUUUUGACUGGCUAAAAACGACUUUAUAUAGCUGAAUCUUAAAAUGUUUCAAUUGUGAUAAGGCUUCCAUUAAAUAAGUUCUUGGAUAUUAUAAAAUCAGAUGAAAAAGAUUACCAGAAGUAUAUGGAAUUCAGAGACAAAUUGAUUUUUAAUUAAAAUAUUAGCUUUUUUAACAUUCCAUGCUACACUUGUGGUUAGGUUGACCACUUCUUUAUAAAUUGCUCAAAAACUCAUUUUACUAGGGAUAAUCCAUUUUUGAUUCCGAAACAUAACUUCUCAUUUACCUAAGAUAGAAAUCCAAACUAUGAAAGAAAAUCUCGUGGUCAGUACAAAAUGAUAUUUUAGGAAGUUGAAGAAGAAGAAGAUGACUGUAUCAGCUAAAAAUCAUCAUCAUAUACAGGUUAAAAGAAUGAUAGGAGCCACGAGGAUUAGUAUUCUUAUUUUGAUAUUGAAAAAGAAUAAAUGGAAAGGCCAGAACUAAGAGGAAAUAGAGGAUCCACUUACUAUUUAUCUGUUAACUAAUAAAAAAGGCAUUCUAUUGAAGAAAAAAUUAAUGAAGAUCCUAUAAUAAUCAUAUCUCAAGCAAAUGAUCCUUACAUUUAAAAGGCCGUUUCUUAAAAGACAAUGAAUGGUUAAUCGCAAGAUUAAGAUUAGCAAGGAUAUUUAAGAUAAAGUAAAAAUAGUGAAUAUUUAGAUGAAUAGACAAUAGAAAAUUUAAAAAAUUCUACUAAAAUGAGAAGAGCUUCUUCAAAUAAAUUUUUAAAUAGCAGCCUGAGCAGGCGAUUUUCUACAAGUAAUAAUAACAAAAUAAAAAGAUAUUCAGUCGAUGAUAUGACCCCUAAGAUUGCAAAAAAUGUAAACUUAAAUUAAAUAGAAGAAAUAGGUGAGUCUUUAAAGGAGAUAGAUUAUUCUUUUUCAGAAAUGAAUAAAUAAAACAGCUUUAAUUCAAACAGAAACAGUUUAACAAUAUUUGGAGUGCCUAAAUAACGAAAAAGCAGUUUUAAUUUAUAAACUUAUUCGUAAUUUACAAAUUUAAAACCAUAUCAACUAGAUAGUUAAUUCAGAAGAAUGCAAAUUGAAUGGAAGGACUCUCUUGAUUAUUGGAAAUUCGAUAAAUUAACAUUCUUGAAGUAUUAUUUUUCAGAUUACAAUUAUUUAUUAGUCAUAAGAAGAAUAUAAAAAUACAAAGCCAAGAAAAAUAUCAAAUUGAAAACAGAAAAAAUUAUUCAGCAAUAAAAUAGCUAGUUCAAAAAAUUAAAUACGCUUUUGAAGAAAAAAACUACAAAUACUAGGAGCCUACAGCAUUUAUAAACUAAAUUAGCUAAGAAUGAAUGA